AACAAAAACGGACGAUCCUCGCUGCACUUCCGUUCAUGACACCGGACCAAAGUUGGGACAGCUGAUUCUUUAAUCAGUGUAAAUCUUCUCGGUUUCCCUUCAGCGUCCUUUUGGGGCUUAUUUAGUGUAGAAAGUGCCUGCUGUGCUCUGUGUGUGGAGUCGGAGCCGGACGCAGACGGAGGAGCGUGGCUGAUUAUGGUGUAGCACAAAGCGCUAGCUCUGAGACAGCAGGUAAUAAAACAGCGCUGUGAUGACACCCAAAGGCAUUUGAGCAGCAGUGCAUUGGGGGCCAGACCAAGGCAGAUCACAGCAACCAAGCCAUGCUUACAUUGGCCAGUAAGCUGAAGAGGGACGAUGGAGGAAAGACAGGCCGUGCCUCCGGAGCCUCCGACUCCACCCACAGGGUCUCCAUCAGGGACCGCCUACUUACCAAAGAAGUUGCAGAACUUGAAGCCAAUCUCCCUAGUACAUGCAAAGCCAGUUUUCCAGAUGAGGACAAGCUGCAUCAUUUUCAGUUGGCAGUUUCUCCUGAUGAGGGUUACUACCAAAGUGGGAGGUUUCAGUUUGAAAUAGAUGUCCCAGAAGCCUAUAACAUGGUGCCUCCUAAAGUGAGAUGUCUGACCAGAAUAUGGCAUCCCAACAUCACAGAGAAUGGAGAGAUCUGUUUGAGUUUAUUGCGGGAACACUCUAUUGAUGGCACAGGCUGGGCUCCCACAAGAACAUUAAAGGAUGUGGUCUGGGGAUUGAACUCCUUGUUUACUGACCUUCUGAACUUCGAUGACCCUUUGAACAUCGAUGCAGCAGAACAUCAUCUGAGAGAUAAGGAGGAUUUUCGAAAUAAGGUUCAAGAUUACAUCAAGCAUUACGCCAGAUGAUAGAAGCACUGGCUAACACAUCAGCCUGCACCAAACAACCAAACAGCUCUACCUUGCCUCUGCUUAUUUUGGCCAACUCCUCCAUCUGUGUGAAUCCCGUCGCUGAUUCUCCGACCAACUUGGACCCUCUUCCUGUCAGCACCCGACUCCUCCCCACUUCCUUGUAAUAAAAAAGAAAAAAUGCCGUGUUUGAGGGAGACUUUACCUAUGAAAUGAAAGUACGCUUUAAUUUUAUUCCAAUCAAUCUGAGUGUCACAACGGCCGGAUUGCGGCCAGAUUGCUGGAUUGUGGCCCUAAACCCAACCAGCCAUGGCAGCCAAUGGUGAUGGUUCAGCUGAGGUGGUACCUCAGUGUAAAAGGUAUAUAGUCAUAUUUAGCAGUUAUUUUUAAAAUUUGACAAAUCAGCAGAAAGAAUAGCUGUUACUGAGUUCUCUGUUGCAGUGCCUGCCAUGUUUGUGUCGCUCAAGAGAAAAUGCAUGUGAGUUUACAUAUAUAGACAAACACACACACCCAUUGCUGUGGUUAAAGGUGAACACACGUAUGCACACACUGAUUCAUUACUCACAUACAGUCCUGUUGACAAGCCCCACGAGACAGCAUGUGAAUGACUACUAUAGUACUACACUGCCCCAUUGUGCCCUCAUUCUUCUUGCAUGAACACACAACAUAUACAUUGACCCCGUGUGUUUUCAGCUCCAAAAGUACUGCAAAUACCACCAUUAAAGCCACAGCCAAAUGUAUUGUACUGAUUUUUUCGCCUAAAUACUUCUUCUGUAUCUCACCAUCCACUUUGUUUUUCUGUUUCACACAAGAACCUUUUCCCACUGAAGUUGCAGAGGGAUUUUUAUCUUCACAAUGCAAUCAGAAUGUACCAGGACAAACCUGUUUUGAGUGUGUUUUGUGAUCUAGUCUAUCAAAUUGGAUGUUGAUUAAAGAAUAAUAAUAAAAAAUCUGCAUAUGUGCAAGGCUGGAUGCAAGACGGAGAUAUGCAGUCUCUGUUUUCUAAAACCUUUGUUUGCUCCGAGGUAAGAUGGGACAUUAACUCUUUAACUAAACAAAACUUAGAUGCAUAUUUGAACAGAUCUAUAUGCAAAUCCCUCAAACCAUUGGGCUUUAAAACAGACUCCUAAAAUACCGUCACUGCUCAUCUAGUAUUGAUGUGAACACCCUUUGUCGCCCAUACAAACCUUUUCAUCACUGAAACAUUUUCCACUCAGUGUUUUGGGGAACAGAGCCAAAACAAUGAAAGACAUGUCACUGCCCUAAUGUUAUGACUGCACUUUGCACUAUCACUACAUGGUCGUUCUCUACAUGUGUUGGGAAAGUUGACUGCUAAGAAAGGGCAGUCAUGAAAUCAAAAUUGUGUAUUUAUGUAGUUUUUGGUGAUCGAGGUGAGAGCUGUUAGCUGGAG